AUGAACAAACUAAAGAAUUUUUUUAAGCAGAAAAAAACUCAAGAAGAAGAGGAACAACUGGAUCAAAAACAAAAACAACAAUACUCGUUGCAACAGGGACAAGCACAGGGUAAUUCAUUAUCUACAACAAGACCUUAUGAAACUCGUGUUUCUAUCGAAGAGGAUACACUUUCGUCAACAACAAAGGUAAACAGCGAGAGAUCUACUAUGGAAACUCAACCUGCUAACAUCCAUCACAACAACAGUACCAAUCACCAGUGCCAGUCAAUGUUUGUCGAGGAUGUGGGCUCCUCAAGGACAAGCAGCAGUGAUGAAUCGUGUGGGAUGAGCGAUGAAGAUGAAGAUGGAGAUGAAGAUGAUAUUCCCGAGGAUAUUUUCCCCGAGCAAGUAGAAUUAGAUGGGUACACGUUGGUAAAUAAGAUCGGUGAAGGUGCAUUUUCUACAGUUUUCCGAGGAAUUAUUUGUAAGGGCAGUGGAAAGGAAUUUUUAGCAAACAAUUUCAAAAAUUUAGCAAUUAAGGUCAUUAGAAAGCAGGAUAUUCCAGAUUCGAAUGCUACCAAAAAGGAUGCUGGAAAAACAAGUACAAGAGCACAGGUGCUCAAAGAAGUUACUAUCCAUAAAUUAGCAGCAUCAGGAUGCCCAGAGAUUGUUCAAUUCGUCGAUUUCCAAGAAACUGAUAACUAUUACUUUAUUAUCCAAGAGUUCUUGAGUGGUGGUGAAAUUUUUGGUGAAAUCGUCAAAUUUACCUAUUUUAGUGAAGAUCUAUCACGUCAUAUCAUAAGGCAAUUGGCAUUAGCAGUUAAGCAUUUACACAAUGUUGGUGUUGUUCAUAGGGAUAUUAAACCUGAAAAUCUUUUAUUCGAACCAAUCGAUUUUGUUCCAUCCAAAAAGAUUAAACUGAGGAAAAGUGAUGACCCAUCGACUAAGAAAGACGAAGGUAUCUUUAGACCUGGUUUUGGUGGUGGUGGUAUUGGAUCGGUCAAAUUGGCAGAUUUUGGGUUAUCAAAACAAAUUUAUCAGGCCAAGACAAAGACUCCCUGUGGUACAGUUGGUUAUACAGCACCUGAAGUGGUAAAGGACGAAAAAUAUUCCACAAAAGUUGAUAUGUGGGGGAUUGGUUGUGUUUUGUACACCAUAUUAUGUGGGUUCCCACCAUUCUAUGAUGAAAAAAUUGAUACUCUAACGGAGAAGAUUUCACGCGGUGAAUACGUAUUUUUGAGGCCAUGGUGGGAUGAAAUUAGUGAUGGCGCAAAGACUGCGGUUAAAAGAUUAUUAGAAGUUGAUCCUGUAAAACGUUAUGACAUCGAUGAAUUUUUAAAUGACCCGUGGUUGAACACUUUUGACUGUUUGGAAGAACAAAAGGAGGAAGAAGAAAGGAUACGGUCUCAUAAACGUAAGAGCAAGUUACAAUUCAAAAGGAAAAUGGCAAUCGAUUCGACCCUCUUGUAUUCCCCUGCGGCUGUUGCAAUGAAGGAUGCGUUUGACGUUUCGAACGCCGUUCAAAGAGAUGAAGAAGACAAAAGGGAAAUAAUGAGCAAUUCAUUAGGAGCACUAGCUGAAGAUGAGGAGAGUGAUGAUCCAAGCAGUGCACUUGCAUCUGCCACUAACGCUAAUUAUGAUAAUAAUCAAGAUUUAUCUCAAGAUAUGUUCCAUUUGAGUCUAGAUUCUUCUACUAUCAUUAAAAGGAGGAAAAACGGUGCUGUGCCGAUAGCAGCCGUAGUUGAGUAA